UGUAUAUUUUUGUUAAAAAUGGAGAAUUCCGAAAAAAUUUUACCCCAAAGUGUGUUUGAUGCUGCAAAUCAAGAAGUGGAAAAUUUGAUUCCAGAUAAAUCAAAAGCCCAAUACGAAAUUUACUAUCAAAAAUUCAUUGAUUGGAAAAACACACAAUCAAUUAAAUCAUCAAACGAAUUAACAGUAUUGUUGGCUUAUUUCAACGAACUGAGCAACAAAUAUAAAACUUCAUCACUUUGGAAUAUCUAUUAUAUGUUAAAGAAAAUGUUAAUUGUCAAAGAAGAAGUAGACAUCAACAAAUAUCAUCUUCUUAUCGCAUUUUUGAAAAAGAAAUCUUCAGGAUUUAUAAGCAAAAAAUCUAAAGUGUUAACUUCACAAGAAGUAAAGAAGUUUUUAAAAGAUGCACCUGACGAGAUCCAUCCUGUAACAAAGGUUGCUCUCAUUUUUGGAGUUUUUGGAGCUUGUCGAGGCGGUGAGCUUGUUAACAUCAAAAUUCAGGAUAUUACGAAACAGGGUAAUUUGCUAGUGGUCAAUCUUCCCGACACGAAAAACAAAGUACCUCGAAAAUUCGUCAUCGACGAAAACUUCACUGCAACUGUACGCAAAUAUAAAGCUUUCCGUCGUCCCACAGCAACAACAGACAGAUUCUUUUUGAACUAUCAGCAAGGUAGAUGCACCACACAAGUCUUCGGCAAACAUAAAUUCCAGUCCAUGCCAAAAACAAUUGCAAAAUAUUUAAAUUUGCAAGGGCCUGAUUCCUAUACCGGUCACGCUUUUCGACGUGCCUCUGCAACAAUCUUGGCCGAUUCAGGAGCUGAUACGCUGGCCUUAAAACGUUUAGGAGGCUGGAAAUCUAGCACUGUUGCAGAAGGAUACGUCGAAGAGUCUGUAGCAAACAAAGCUAAAGUUAGUAGAACAAUAUCAACCUCUAUCACCUCAACGAAAAUAUCUUUGAAUCAACCUGGAAACGCACCAACCAGUAUCGGUUUCACUUCAGCAAAAAAUAUAUUAUGUGAAUCUCAAAAAGAAUCGUCUUCAAAGCGACAAAAAACAACUAGUAGCGAUGCAUCUUCUGAUUUAACUGUAAACACUUCAAAAUCAGAAAGUAUUAACAUCUCACCAUUCAAAGAUGUUUCAUCUCAAUUAAAUGUAAACACGUCGAUACAAGCCGAAACUAUUAACCUUUCACCAAAAAAAGGACAAAUAAUUUUCAACAACAGCUCUUUCACAGUUCAAAAUUUUAAUACCAAAUAAAAAACACAGUUUUUAAAAAUUCUAUUGCAAUAUCGUCACUGCCAAAAAAGGAGACCAUAUUUUUAAUUAAUGAUAUAAAUUUUAUUUUCAACACUAGUGAC